AUGACACUUCCUUUCACCUUUUCACCGACCGGACAAUUAACCCCAUGUUGCGUCACUGUUCCCGUUCGUGUCGGUACUAAAGGAUCAGCUUUUUCCUUCAAUCACCGAGAACUCUCUCUCUCUCUCUCUCUCUCUCUCUCUCUCUCUCUCUCUCUCUCUCUCUCUCUCUCUCUCUCUCUUAGCUUCUGUACAUUACGACGCGCGGCUGAUAACGCUCUUUCUCUCGCUCUCUCUCUCUCUCUCUUAGCUCCUGUACAUUACGACGCGCGGCUGGUAACUCUCUCUCUCUCUCUCUCUCUCUCUCUUAGCUUCUGUACAUUACGACGCACGGCUGGUAACUCUCUCUCUCUCUCUCUUGGCUUCUGUACAUUACGACGCGCGACUGGUAACACUCUCUCUCUCUCUCUCUCUCUCUCUCUCUCUCUCUUAGCUUCUGUACAUUACGACGCGCGUCUGAUAACUCUCUCUCUCCCUCUUUCUCUCCCUCUUUCUCUCUCUCUUAGCUUCUGUACAUUACGACGCGCAGCUGGUAACUCUCUCUCUAUCUCUCUCUCUUAG